AUACGUUAACAACGCAUAAACAAUAAGCUGCAGAUGCCGACCCGAUAACCGAUUCAUAAAUACAGGAACUAGCUUUUAAUACAGUUUAACAUGUUUAUACCUAUUUAUGUGGCUAUUCGGAUCACCAUGCAUGAAAUAACACAAUGUCACGAUCGCCAGUUUUCAUGACUGGCGUAUGUCACUGAAAUCGGAAAAAGGUUUCCAGUCAUUCGGAUCAUUAAUUGUAUUUCCUGAGCCAGAAUCAGGGAAUUUAGAAGACGGUGAUUUAAGCAAAAUAAAAAUGAAGUCAAAAUCAGACAAAUUAAAACGCUCACAAUCUUUACCUGAUGGAGAUGAGGUCCAUGAAGAAAACGGUGUUCUGUUUUGGGUCAACAAAAGUGGUUUCCCAAUUGAAGAUAGAACUUGGCAGAGAAUGUGGGAUCAUGUGGCCAAAAUCCAUCCAGAGGGACACAAAAUGGUGCAGGGAGUGAGACAGAGUACAGACUUAGUUACGAUCCCGGCACCACAGGCUCCACUCAGCUUCUCACCAACGGUUCCUAUCGGCGAUCGGGUUGAGAAGAUUCAGAACUACAUGACAGAACUCCAAUAUAAUCAUACAGGAACACAGUUUUUCGAAAUCAGAAAAAACAGACCAAUAUCAGGUCUCAUGGAAUGUGCCAAAGAAAUGAUCCGUGAGUCUCUCCCAAUCAAGUGUCUGGAGGCUGUUAUCCUUGGGAUAUACCUAACCAAUGGCAUGAUGGGUGUUGAGCGAUAUCCAAUCAGUUUCAAGAGUACAUUUCAAGGCAGUGUUCAUCGUCAUGUGGUGCUGGGAAUUUCUCAUGGUGGGCGAUAUGGUGCUAUUGGUAUGAGCCGGAGGGACGAUCUGAUGUAUAAACCUCUUUUGUUUAAGAGUUUAUCAGAACUGGUGUUCGACUUUGAGAAAGCCUACACAAACUAUUGGCAUGAAGUAAGGAAGGUCAAGGUCGGUCUACCGAGUCCACACGACCCACACAGCUAUGAGACAAUCCAGUGGAAGACGCUGACGUUGAAUGUGUCCAAAUUAUCAAAGAAAGAAAUGACCAGAGAAUUGGAGCAACACUCCAAAUUAAUACGAGCAAAGGCCAAGUCGUGGAUCACCCCACCCAAUCUGCCCAAGAAGAUGGCCACCUUCAUAGACGCAGGUCGGGACAUGCCCAGCACUAGCAAGUCUUCCCCAGUAGUCAAGAUGACUCGAUCACACUCUGUUGUGACCAAGUCACGUGAUGAGCCAGCGCCCGUCAAGUCUGGCAGCAGUCGAGGAGCAGAUUACCAGAUCAGGAUAUAGACAGACUGUAGCACAGGCAGAUGGCUGAAAGGAGCUCCCUGCUGUUGUUGACUUCUAUUUAUUAUGAUUAUCAUUCCAUAAACAUUCCAAGGCUGUGAAUGAUUUGAUGAUUAUGGUCAUCAAAUUAUUUGUGUAAACAUUAUUGUCAUAUUUUAUAUAUUUCACCUGUACAUGAAAUCCCAAGAUAUUCUUUUGUAGACUGUCGUUUAAAUUUUAAAGCUGAGAAAACUAAAUCAAAUUAGUCUUAAGGUAGGAUGCUGUUCCCGUGUAUAGUUUCCUUUCAGUAAAUGCAGAUAUGAUCUUAUUCUCGGACCAUGCAAAUAGUAGGUUAAUGAACAUUCUGUAAUAUUUCAUUGAAAAUAUGUCACAGGUAUUCCACAAGCACAAGCGUAAUUGAGGCCACCAAUCAAUUAUAAAGUGCAGGAUUCAUUUAAGAGAAAAUUCUUGACUCAGCAGUGUGGUAUUGAUACACUGAUUCAUCCUUUAUUGGAAUAAUGACAGAUGUAACAAUUUCCUUAAAAUGUUUAUCCCGUUAUUAAUUAAAACCAAUUCCCAAUAAUUUAACUUCAAUUCACACCUUUUUAUGACCUAUAGGUCAUGUCUGGAUGAAGGUUUAUCAACAUUCUGUCUUUGUGGAGUCAAUUCUGAUAUGUGCUUUUGAGAUUUGACUCGGCUAGUAUUCAAUAAUUAAGGGUGUAAAAUUGAGACUAAGAGUGAAGAAAAAGAUCGUAUUCAAGAGUUGACAGGUUCAUUGGCAACAGCAGAUUUAUUUGAAGGAAAACAUGGUACUUGGCUGUCCUUUGGGUAGAGAAUAUGUGCCAUUUACCAACUCAACCUUGUAUCAUUUUCAGUUGCAUGUGUCAGGUGACAAGUGUCAUAACGCCUGUUCCAGCUGCCACAAUCCAUGACAUACUUGUUCCCCUUCUGAUGAACUUUUGGCAAGAGCCCAAGAAAUCUGAACUUGCAUAUAAAAUGUAAUUAAAUGUAUUUGAAACAAAAAUACAGCCUCUGCUACACAUAUAUUUAAGAUAUCAUUUUCAAACCCAUUAAUCAUGAUUUAAUAUUUCCAAAUCUUACUGUCAAAUGAACACAUAUGUAAUCAUAAUCCAAGGCACCUGUGAAAUAUCUGUACAUAUAUCCCAAUCAUGUACAUGUAAUUCAGUUGUUAUUGUGUCAUAAAUAUUCUUUUGAUAA